GCUCGGGGCCGCACGGGGCUCUCCGCAGUCACUGCACGCCCGGCGGGAUCGGAGCUCUGCCCAGCGAGGAAACGCCGCCGGGCAGCGGGCCGAGGUCCCGGGUGGAGCGCCCAUGGGUGCGGGCACUGUGCUGUGCGGGCCCCGGGACUGGAACCAGACAUGGCAUGCAAACAUCCCAGGACUGACCUGGUGCUUCCAGAGCUACAUCAUUGCCUGGAUUUCUUGUGCCUAUCUUUGGAUCUGUUUUCCCUUUUACUACUGGUACCUUCGACACAGAAACAAAGGCUACAUCAGGAUGUCCCGUAUCUUCAAAGCCAAGAUGGCCCUUGGAUUCAUCCUGGUAAUACUGUGUUUUUCUAAUGUCUUCUUCAUGGUGUGGGAGAAAAGCCAAGGAAUCCCACGGACCCCAGCAUUCUUCAUUAGCCCUGCUGUGGUGGGAAUCACAAUGGUCCUUGCCUUGUUCCUUACCCAAGCAGAAAGAAUGAUGGGCAUCCAGUCUUCAGGGGUCCUAUUGAUUUACUGGCUGCUGUCAUUUGUGGCUGCACUUGUGAUGGUUAACUCCAAAAUUCAGCAUGCCUUGGAAAAAGGCUUCCUGGAAGACCAUUUCCACCAUGUUACAACUUAUCUUUAUGCUGGCCUGGUACUAGGAGAACUUGUGUUAUUCUGCUUAGUUGAUCACCCUCCCUUCUUCUCUAAAGCUGACAACAAUCCUAAUGAGUGCCCAGAAGCCAGAAGCUCUUUUCUUUCCAAAAUCACAUACUGGUGGUUCUCUGGGCUCCUCUGGAAAGGCUCUCAGCAGGCCUUGGGGGUGGAUGACUUGUGGCCAGUGAGGAAACACGACUCCUCUGAAGAAAUUGUUGCCUGGGCAGAAAGAGAGUGGAAGAAGAGUCAGAGCAGAACCCAGCAGAAAAUGGAGUCUGGUAUAUUUAAAAAGGGUCAGAAAACUGAAACUGGCACAGCAGAAGCUGAAGAGACAGAGGCUCUACUGCAAUCAAGGCAUAGUCAGAGUGGGCCCUUACUGAGAAUGUUUUGGAGCAUGUUUGGAACUUACUUCCUUCUCAGCACUGUCUGCUUAGUUAUCUGUGAUGUGUUCUUGUUCUCCACCCCGAAGGUACUGAGCCUUUUCCUGAAGUUCAUUGAAGAUCAGGCAGCCCCGAGCUGGCUUGGCUACUUCUAUGCCUUCAGCAUGUUCCUGCUGGGCUGUCUCCAGACUCUGUUUGAGCAGCGCUAUAUGUACAUGUGCCUUGUUCUGGGGCUGAGGCUGAGAACUGCACUGACAGGGCUUGUGUACAGGAAGAUCCUGGUUAUGUCAAAUGCCUCAAGGAAAGCAGCAACCCCAGGUGAAAUUGUUAAUCUGGUAUCUGUUGAUGUGCAAAAGCUAAUGGAUCUGAUUAUCUAUUUUAAUGGGACCUGGCUGGCUCCUAUUCGGGUUAUCAUCUGCUUUGUCUUCUUGUGGCAGCUUCUAGGGCCACCUGCCUUGACUGCAAUUGCUGUAUUUGUUUUUCUUUUGCCUCUGAAUUUCGUGAUCACCAAGAAGAGAAGUCAGUUUCAGGAAACCCAGAUGAAACAUAAGGAUGAGAGGGCCAAACUCACCAAUGCUAUUCUCAGUGACAUUAAAGUAAUCAAAUUGUAUGGCUGGGAGAAAACCUUCAUGGAGAAAGUUCUUGGAAUCCGAAAGCAAGAGCUUCAGGCCUUAAAAAGAUCUCAGAUUCUCUUCUCAGCAUCCCUAGUUUCUUUCCAUUCAUCAACGUUCCUGAUCACAUUUGUCAUGUUUGCUGUCUACACCCUGGUGGACAAGACACACGUGCUGGAUGCUGAGAAGGCCUUUGUGUCCUUAACACUGAUCAACAUCCUCAACACUGCCAACUCCUUCCUGCCCUUCUCCAUCAAUGCUGCUGUCCAGGCCAAAGUUUCCUUAAACCGCUUAGCAGCUUUUCUGAAUCUGGAAGAACUGAAUCCUGAGAGCUCAAGCAGAAACACUUCUGGCUGUGUACAGGCAAGUAUCACCAUAAGAAAUGGAACUUUUUGCUGGAGCAAAGAAACUUCUCCUUGUCUUAGAAGCAUAGACCUCAGUGUGCCCCAGGGCUCUUUGCUGGCUGUGGUUGGGCAGGUGGGUGCUGGCAAGUCCUCCCUGCUGGCAGCGGUGCUGGGCGAGCUGGAGGCCACGGACGGCUGCGUCACCGUGAAGGACACUGCAGCUUAUGUCCCCCAGCAAGCUUGGGUGCUAAAUGCUUCAGUGGAAGACAAUAUUCUCUUUGGGAAAGAGAUGGAUGAAACGUGGUUCAAUAGAGUGACAGAGGCUUGUGCACUGCACCCUGAUUUGGAGACCUUCCCUGCAGGGCAGAAGAGUGAAAUAGGAGAAAAGGGAAUCAACCUAUCUGGAGGGCAGAAGCAGAGAGUGAACCUUGCUCGGGCUGUGUACCAGAAGGCUUCGAUUUACCUGCUUGACGAUCCCCUGUCAGCUGUUGAUGCCCACGUUGGGCAGCACAUUUUUGAACAUGUUCUUGGACCCAGUGGUUUACUGAAGGACAAGCAGACUCGUGUGCUAGUGACUCACACAAUUAACAUUUUGCCUCAAGUGGACAACAUUGUUUUUCUGGUGGAUGGAAUGAUCUCAGAAACUGGUUCCUACCAAGAACUUCUACAGAGAGAUGGGGCCUUUGCAGAAUUUCUUCGUUCACACGUUACUGCAGAAGAGAAGCCACGUGCCGGUUUUCCAGCUGUGGGAGACACCAAAGGCAAUGUCACCACUGGAAAUGGUCCAUCUCAGGAGAAACCCCUCAGUGGUGAUUCUGUAAAAUCUGCUGUGGGAAGGGAGACCAGUCCUGUGAGUCAGGACUGUACCAGUGCUGCAGCCACCAGUGGAGGAUUAACCAAGGCAGAGACAACUCAGCACGGCAGGGUCAGUGCUGGGGUGUAUGGAGCCUACCUGAAGGUGAUGGGCCCAGCCCUGUGUGUGUACAUUGUCCUGUCCUUCACGUGCCAGCAGGCCAUGGCCUUCUCACGGGGCUACUGGCUCAGCCUCUGGACAGAUGACCCUGUGCACAAUGGGACACAGCAGCACACAGAGCUCAGAGUUGGAGUCUUUGGUGCAUUGGGAGUGGUUCAAGCCCUUGGCAGGUUUGCCUGCACAGCAGCAGUGCUGCUGGGGGGUGUGUUAGCCUCACACCAGCUCUUCCUGCAGCUGCUGAGCAAUGUCAUGAGAUCCCCAAUGCUCUUCUUUGAGCAAACACCCAUUGGACACCUGCUGAACCGCUUCUCCAAAGACAUGGAUGCUGUUGAUUCUGUCAUCCCUGACAAGCUGAAGUCCGUGCUGGGAUUCUUGUUCAACUUACUGGAGAUCUACCUGGUGAUUGUGGUGGCUACACCGUGGGCAGUAAUGGCCAUAGUGCCCUUGACUGUUCUUUAUGCAGCAUUCCAGCACUUCUAUGUCAGCACCUCCUGCCAGCUGAGGCGCAUGGAGGCUGCCAGCAGGUCACCCAUCUACUCCCACAUCUCAGAAACUCUCCAGGGCAGCAGUGUGAUCCGUGCUCACAAAGACCAGCAGAGGUUUAUUUCAAAGAGCAAUUUCCUAGUGGAUGAGAACCAGCGAAUUUGCUUCCCUGGAGCUGUUGCUGACAGGUGGCUUGCUACAAACCUGGAGUUCCUGGGCAAUGGCAUUGUGCUGUUUGCAGCCCUGUUUGCAGCCCUGGGCAGGACGCAACUCAGUCCAGGAACUGCUGGCUUCUCCCUUUCCUAUGCUCUUCAGAUAACUGGUGUUCUGAACUGGAUGGUUCGCUCCUGGACAGAAACAGAGAACAACAUUGUUUGUGUGGAGAGAGUGAGAGAAUACCUGAGGACUCCUAAGGAGGCACCCUGGACUCUGGGCAAACUUCAAGGGCAGGUUUGGCCCACUGAAGGAAGGAUUGAAUUUAGAAACUACAGCCUGUGCUACAGGCCAGGUUUGGAGUUAGCACUGAGGCAUGUCAGUGUGAGCAUCAACGGGCACGAGAAGAUUGGCAUAACUGGCAGAACAGGAGCUGGGAAAUCCAGCCUUGCAGUGGGGUUGCUGCGACUGGUGGAAGCUGCAGAAGGAGCCAUCCUGAUUGACGGACAGGAUAUUGCCCAAAUAGGCCUCCAUGACCUCAGAACCAAGAUCACUGUCAUUCCCCAGGAUCCAGUUUUGUUUUCUGGCUCCCUAAGAAUGAAUCUCGACCCAUUAAACCAAUACACUGAUGCAGACAUCUGGACAGCUUUGGAACUGACUCAGCUCAAGAACUUUGUUGCAGAUUUGCCAGAGCAGCUGGAAUAUAAGUGCACUGACCAAGGGGAAAACCUAAGCACUGGUCAGAAACAGCUGGUUUGCCUGGCCAGGGCACUCCUGCGGAAAGCCAAAAUCCUCAUUCUGGAUGAGGCCACGGCAGCAGUGGAUUUAGAAACUGAUGUCCAGAUUCAAUCCAUGCUGAGGACUGAGUUCAGAGACAGCACUGUGUUAACAAUUGCUCACCGGGUAAACACCAUCCUGGACUGUGACAGGAUUUUAGUCUUGGAAAAUGGCCGGAUAGCAGAAUUUGAUACUCCAGAACACUUAAUAGCUCAGAAGGGACUGUUCUACAGACUGAUGGAAGAAUCAGGCCUUGCAUGACUCACUCAUGGAGCAUUCCAUAGCACCACCACCAUUAGGAGUAAUUGACCUCAUAAUUGAGUUAUUUUGGUUUCUCUUCAAAAUGCCUGACACUCAACCAAAGCUUGUUUGAGCCAGAACUACAGUGAGUGGAUGGAAAGGGGUAACUUGGGAUACACAUUAUUUCCAUAGGAAACUCAGCAAUUCCACUUUCAUUAUGUUUCCAGAUACCAAAACCUCACUUGACUGCUGAAAAUGUGCCAGUCAGGACUUAAAUAAUCUUCUGGUACAAAAGCAAACAAGCCAAAAGAGAAAGACCACAGUAGUUCCAAUUUGUAAACAGAGCCAAAAUAUCCAUCAUACUUCAAGAUUGCAUAAAUUAUUUUUAAAAGCCAGAAAGAUUUUAUGGACAGCAAUGAAGAAUUUAACAAGGAAACUUAGCUGUGUGCAGUUGAUCCUAAGCUCCAGGCAGAACAAAUUUCAUAUUUUGCCAAUGUCUUAAGGACUGCACACCCGGGCACUGUUCUUACACAGAUGUGGACUCCAAGACAGCAUCUGGGGCUCAUAAUCCAAAGUGCACAAACAGUGGGGGAGGAGGGAAGAGGCAGGAUGCCACUUAUCAGGAGAGCACAGGCUGCCUGUUGUCACUGCUAGGGAUCAGAUCACUCCCUCUCUCUGCAGGAGCAGAGCCAGCUCCAGCAGGGGCUCAGCAGUGCAGGACAGGAACGUGGAUGGGACUGGCAGCAGAGCAUCCAUCACUCCUUCUACCCAGGGCUUAGAGCAUUCCCACUGCCAAGUGCCAGGUGCUCACAGCAGGGCAUGUCCAAACAUUGACACCAAGAUUUCCAAAUUGAAUUUGGCCACGAGGAAUUUGCAUGGCUGGAAAUGCCCUCCUCUCUGAUCCCUGCAGCACAUGCGGAAAGCAGCAGGAAUAUCACCUGAUGACCUGAUGAUUCAUUCCUGAUUUUUUUCUUGAGUUCAAGUUGACUCUUGUAUGUGCCACCCUGGUGCUGCAGAGCCUCUGGCAUGGUCACCUGUCAGAUGUUGCUUUAACAAACCAAAACAGAACCAAAAGCUUCCUGGGCUUCCCACAGUGUCUGCAGCCAGAGCUGUCCCCAGGGCUCUCCUCAGGAAUCACAGGAUGACAGUGUGACAGACAAAUACACAUGUGAGAUAUUGCUCUUUACUGUGACUUUUGUUAAAGCACCCCAUUUUCUAGAGAGCUGAAAUAAAAAUAGAAUCAAGUAUCAAACUGGGUCUCUUCAGUAAAUGAAAGCAAAUAUUACACAGAAAGGGAAAUGGGGAGGGAAUGGGAGAGUUCCAGCUGCAAGAAACAACCCAGACUGGCAAAACCCAGCAGUUCAUUCUCCAACAGCUGCUCAGUGGCUUCUGCACCCAAGUCAAGAACAGUUUAGUUUCUGCUGGAAAGUGCCUAAGAUAUUGAAGUCCAGUGCCUGCUGCCACACUGGUGCUCAGGUACCAAGGAAAGAAUUUUUUUCUCUCUGCUUCCUCCGAAUCUCAUACCUGAGGGCACAGAGAAAACAAUUCCAAAACCAGAUACAAGUUACGAGCGGCCCACAAAGGUUUAGCAAUUGAUCUCAAAACCAGGAACAUUUAGAAAUACUGAGAUAAAAAGUUAGGUGUUUUUCCUUUUUAACUGAGGCCAAAGAGGAACAGACUUGCCCCUGUUGCUGGGUAAUUCUGUAACAGACAUCUUUUAGCAUUCCAUAAUCUCCAAUACAAACAUCUUCAAAUCUCCUUUUCUGUUCCUAAGUUGGUAAGGAAGAGGGACAGCAACAGGACACAAUAAUAAAAACAUUGUUUCUCACUGGUAACCUUUGAAAGGGCACAUUUUUGCUGUCAGCUAACCCAAACUAAGAGCAAGCAAAAAUACCAUCAGCUUUCACAUAUCAAGUUGUGCUGCAAAGGCAAAAGAAAAGCAAUUCCCAAAAUUGCAUAUGAAAAGCCUGCCAUGUUUCAGAUGUGCUGGAGUUCGCAGGGAUAUGUCCAAGUGCUCUGAUUAACCUGGAGCUCAAGUGUCACAGAAGUUAUCUGGAAGUUGGUUAAAGCAAAAUAUAUAGAGAAGUUAACACUUGGAGAUACCAUGUAAGAGAGAAAUGCUACCUUAAAAAAAUCCUUGUCCCAUGAUUCCAAGUUUAAGACAAUACUGAAACUGCUAAAGCCAGAAAAUUGAGGGUGUCAUGCAUUGAUUUACACCAGGUUCAUGCCAAACAUGUACUGUGCAAAUGGCACUCCCAGUGCCCCAGAUGGUCACAAGAUGCACAGGAAUGCCAAAAUGUUAAAGGUGCCAGUGACCCAAAGCACAAUUGUUCCCGUGCCACAUCGCUGUCACACCGCAAAAGGAUCUUUGUGUGGGUCGGGACUGGGAACACUUACACAAGUAGCUCUGUUCACACAAAUGAAUUAGGGUGGUUUUUGUAGGUCUCCUAAAAAUUCUGAGCUGCUUUUUUGGCAGAAUCAGCUUUUCCAGAUGUGAGAAAUCUUCCAUGUUGCAGUAAAUAAUGUGAGCCAAGAUACAUCCAUGUGCACUGAAAUCAGAUACACUGAAUUCAACUCCUCUCCCCAUUCCUUGCCAGGGCUCUCCUAGGAUGGGGUGGAAAGCAAAGAUCACAAAGUGUUCCUGGAGGAUGAUUGUUCCCAAGCAGGAAAGGUAUCUCAGUGGUAUCACAGCUCCUCCCGAGUCUCUGCAGGGAGCUCCAUCUCCACCUUCAUGUACAGCCACAGCCCUUACCCAGAGACCCCCUGCUCUGCCCUGUACUCUGUUCUCUAAACCAUGUGCUCCAGGCACUCUGCAGCCUUCUGUCCAACACAGUGCUGCACAAGUGCUUGGGGAUUUGAAAAACUAAAACUCACAGCUCAUCCCCAAACUCCCCAGUCAGCCCCUGCUCGUUCCAUUUCCACAGAAAAGUCACACCUAGCUCAGAGAUGUGGCAGACACAGGCCAUGGACACCACUGCGGGUGACAGAGGUCCACAGCACUGUGACUCCUGCUCUGCUGAUCCAUCAUUGACCUGGUCUGCUCAGCAAACCACAAAACAAAAUCCAGCCCUACCACAGCACAGUUAUCUACACUCGUGGCUCCUUACCCACCACCCUAAGAACCCCAGACAUCUGGCCAAGCAGGAUGAUUAGUCUAAGCGGGACCAAUAAUUUCCAUUUGCAAGGCAAAAAGCUGAACUGACAAAGCAAACCCUUUGUCAAACACAAGGCAAGAAAUAACACAUUUUCUUUCAAACAAAUUUUUACUGCAAGUUCUUUGCAAAUAUUUGCAUUGUCAUUACAAAAAAUACCAAAGAAAUUUCCAGUCUAUUCAAUUUCAGAGUCA